AAAAAGAUUGUGAUUUUUAUUUUGUAAUGAAUGGGAGAUAUCAAGAUCGAAGAGUUUAACUUAUGGAUGAUAAAAGGAAUGAGCUCUCACGCGCAUGCAAGAACGAUUUGUAGCGGAAGCGCAGUGUCAGGUGCUGUUUCUGCGUUGCAUUUUUUGAGAAGCUAUAGUCUAUUCACGCCGAAUUCAGAUCUAUGCAGAUACAAGCCAUACAAUUCUAAAGACUACAACUUUGGAAAUAUCGACAUUUUAGAAAAUUCAAAUAUAUCAGAUACAGCGAUCGGUCGAACGCCAUCGCCAUUAACACCCCCGUCUUUGUCGGCAACAUUUUCAAUUCCGGGAUCUUUACUUCAACCACCAUUCGUAACUACUAUGCCACCUUUAAUGCAGUCUAUAAGUGUACCUCCGGCGUUUUCAAAUAGCAAUGCAAGUACAAUGAUAAGUCGUCACUUUUUGGGUGCGAAUAAUAUUACAAGCAUGCAUAGACGACCAAGAAGCGAAAAAAAACCAAUUCCUGACGAUCAGAAAGAUGAGAAAUAUUAUGAAAGGCGUAAACGUAAUAACCAAGCUGCGAAAAAAUCUCGUGACGCUCGUAAAAUACGAGAAGAUAACAUUGCAUUGCGAGCAACAAUGUUGGAACAUGAAAAUGCAAUUUUAAGAGCACAAGUGAUAACACUUCGAGAGGAAGCACAAUGUCUAAGACACAUGUUAAUUAAACAACAAGCACCAUCAUUGCAUUCCAUCGAUCGUUCGAUUUCUUCUAUGACACCAGUUACAUUAUCGCCUCCUCAUUCGACAGCAACUUUGGAUUGCCAGACUUGAAGUACGUCAUUAACAAAAAUGAAAUUUUUAACAAUCAAAGUUAAAAAACACAUGAAAAAAAUUUACUCCUCGUCAAC